AUGGUCGACACACCAAUAAGCGCUACCACUCCCUCAACCAUAAUCCAUGGCAGCGGGAGUGAUAGUCUACCCGAAGAAUUCCGCAUGGAGUCGGGACGUAGUGUGAUCGAGAAGAGCUUUGGGAAGACCCGCCAUGAAUCUGAAGAAGGUCCAGAACUAAACCCCCCAAUUCUUCCUAGACAGGGAACGGAGGCUUCUUACUAUUGGCAGUUAUCCCAUUGCUGGGUGAGCAUUCCCAGGAACAUAUCCUGGUCAAUAUGCCAGAGAAUUGAAACAAACACAGCUCAUGCUGGUGGUGGUGGUGGUGGUGGUGGUGGUGAUGAUAAUGAAGGGGUAACAACCUCGCCGAACAAGGCAAACCGGUCAGAGCAUUCAGGCAUCUGUUAUGGAUGA